GCAGACGAAGGCAUAACUUGAAAGAAGAAAGGCACACGUUAACAAUCAGCGUAGAACUCACUAACUUACAAAUCGUUUUCGUGAAACUUGUCCCUCCAUUUAGCAAGUUGGAAAUAGUUCCUUUUAUAAUUAAUUGAAAAUGGAAACGAGAUCUACCGAACCAACACACGGAAGAUCUGAUAUAGCUGAAGUUUACAGGAAUAAGCACACGGGGCGCAAGUUCAAAAAUCCACGCACUGCUCAUCGCAGUAUUUUCUCUACUUCAAUGGCUAGAUGUGAUUCCCAGGAACCUUUCUCUGGCCUCAAAAUAUCCAGCACCACAUUCCUUGAUGAGAUAGAGAGAAGAGGCAACUGUGAAAAUUGUGGCAAAUCAAGAAAGUUUUUUUGUUAUACAUGCUAUAUACCGCUGCCAGAAAUUAAAGAAUUAAUUCCCUAUAUACCAAGCUUACCGUGCCAUAUAGAUGUUAUCAAGCAUCCAAAUGAGCAUGAUGGAAAAAGCACAUCUAUUCAUGCUGCUGUAGUUUCCCCGCAUAUGGUGAAGAUUUACACCUUCCCUAACUUUCCAGAUUACAGCAUGGAAGAUGGUGUGGUGCUGGUUUAUCCUUGUGAAGGAGCCGUCCCUAUGACAACUAUGGUGGCUAGCAGAGCGUCUGAAAUAAAAAAAAUGAUUUUUAUUGAUUCAACAUGGGCACAAUCCAAGCAAAUUUACAAGGAUCCCCGUUUAAAAGCCUUGCCUUGUGUCAUUUUACGGACGCGGAAGUCACUUUUCUGGCGAUAUCAGCUAGGCAAACCUGACAGUUAUUUGGCUACAAUUGAAGCUAUCUACGACGCCGUCGUGAAUCUGGAGGAACGCAGACGCGGAAAUGAUGAAGCCAGCAGCUAUGAUGGGAGCUACGACAAUCUGCUCUUUUUCUUUCGCUACUUCUAUGAGAAAAUGAAUGAUUUGUACUUUAACAAAUCACCAACUGCCUGACACGUGGACCCCAUAUGGGUUGUGAGCCCACCUUAUCAAUCCAUUACAUAGUCCAAAUUCAAAGUCUGUCUACAUCAAACGUUUUGCUAUUCAAAAUCUUCGUCAAGCAGAAAGAUCCUGAUAAGGCACAUGGUUCGUGUAUUUGUGGCAUUUCGGUGAUGAAUAAUCACUUGCGAUCUAUUGUCCUAUCCUUCAAUUCUAUCUGUACUCGACCGAUUGUAGGCGAUUCAUUGCGGCGCGUGGUGACUACGUGGGUUACCCGUGGACGAAUCAACUAAACGAAAACAGCCAAUCCCGCACCCAGGAAACAAAUCUCUUAAGCUGAUGCAAUAUGCCCUACAACCCGGCAAGACCAAACGUGGAAGAAGCAAGCACGAUUGCACUUUGGCCCCCAGGCUCCUCUGAUAUAUCCAAGAGCAAUGUCUAACAGAGAUCUACUUAGGCCACAAGCUAUUUGAUCAGACUUUUUUUUUAUCAACAACGGCACAUCUUUCAUCAAUGCGGUGGCACGUGACCGCCCUCGCCGCCGUCUGGCUCAUCGUUAUGGGUUGGUGCGGUAGCGUUGUGAUAGGGCAGCCGGUCGGUGGAUUUCAGCAUCAGCCGCAUCAUCCUCAAGUAGGACAAAGCAUUCCCGAAAUGUGGGCUUUGUUGGAUCCCGCAGACGGAUCAGCCGACACAUCUAAGGAUGGAAACAACCUACAUGGAGACCUUUAUUAUUUUCCCGCCAUUCCCAUCAUGAAGCGACAGCAGAAUUUAGAAGACGAUUCCGGCUGGCAAUCUCAGGACCGUUCGAAACGCCAGAGCCAAUCCAAUAGCGGCUCAUCCGGCAAUCAUCACUCGCAGUUAUCCAUCAUUAGUCCGAUUGAAGCUUUACGCAGUCGGCUGCGAUUGGAAAUGCUUCGUCGUCAAUAUGGCAAUCAAAUCAAACAGAACCAGGACAAGCUCGAAAGAGUCGGUAAACGCCGCAAGAGGAGCAAUCUAGUCGACUCCGCUGACGGAUCGGAUGAGGAAUGGAUGAGCCAGUCAGCGGUACUAGCAUCAGCGAUCAAAGCACCAUAACAACUCUUGACCAGAACGGGCCAAGAGCUAACACAAACACACACCAAGAGAUUUAGUACCUAGGAGAUACACGGCAGGACUGAUAACCCAUUGCAAAGACGGAAUAGAGAGGAACGCGACAAAACUUUUAAUGUAUACAAGGAUCAAGGAAUGAGGUUCAAAUCGACGAGGAUAAUCAUGUAUUUCUCCCAACUACCAUCUUCUCAACACCUUGACAUUUGUUCUUCUUUUUAACCAUGUUACUGCACGGUUCCACGUCUCUGAAAACAAAAACAAAAACAAAAACAAGACAAAAAACAAAAAACAAAAAAAAAAGGAAAGGAAAACAUCUAUUUGACUCACAGCCCCCCUUUAUUUUCCCUAUAUAUAUAUAUAUAUUGAACGACAAACUGAUUGAAUAUGCGCGCCCAUUCUCUUUGUGAGCAGAAAAUUUUAAAGACGACAAAAAAUGGAAUCCAUCGACAGAUUAUUACUUAUACAAUGUUGUAAGCCUCCGUCAUUGUUGCUAACAUAAGAAUACGAUAUAUGUUAUUCCUCUUUGUGCUGAAUCAGUAUUUCACCUACACCGUAAUUAAAUGCUUUUCCUUUCGGUGUUUCUUUAUCCGAUAGUACAUGUUUAAAAUUCA